UGUAUUUCCGGCUUGACGAGCUGACGUCAGGUCACGUGUUCAGGUGAAAGGUGGAGAAGGCGGAAGUGUACAGAACUAAACAAACGCUGACAUUAACACUUCUUAUUGACGGACACAAACAUGGACGACACACUGUUCCAGUUAAAGUUUACAGCAAAGCAGCUGGAGAGACUGGCAAAGAAAGCUGAGAAGGACUCAAAGGCAGAGCAGGCUAAGGUUAAAAAGGCUCUUCAACAGAAGAAUGUUGACUGUGCACGUGUGUAUGCUGAGAAUGCCAUCCGUAAGAAGAAUGAAGGGGUGAACUGGCUGCGUAUGGCAUCACGUGUCGAUGCCGUGGCUUCUAAAGUUCAAACCGCUGUCACCAUGAAGGCGGUGACUAAGAACAUGUCUCAGGUGACCAAGGCUCUGGAUAAAGCUCUGAAUUCCAUGGACCUGCAGAAGGUGUCGGCCGUCAUGGACAAGUUUGAGAGUCAGGUCCAGAAUCUGGAUGUACACACUUCAGUAAUGGAGGACUCCAUGAGCUCAGCCACCACCCUGACAACGCCGCAGCAGCAGGUGGAUGAUCUGAUUGUGCAGAUUGCAGAGGAGAGCGGGCUGGAGGUGAUGGAUCAGCUCAAUGAACUUCCUGCAGGAGCCUCUGCCCUCGGAGAGAGUUCAGUCAGGGCACAGGACAGAGAGGACCAGCUGUCCCGGAGGUUGGCGGCUCUGAGGAACUGAUAAGCACGACUUGUUCCUGAGGAGCUGGAGAGAGAAACUGCUGAGAACGGAGUGAUGAUGGAGUGAUGAUGGAGUGAUGAUGGAGUGAUGAUGGAGUGAUGAUGGAGUGAUGAUGGAGUGAUGAUGGAGUGAUGGUGGAGUGAUGAUGGAGUGAUGAUAAAGAACACACAACUGAUGGACUCCAGUUUUAUAUUGAUUAAUUUUUUAUUUUAUUUAGUUUGAUUCAACUUUUCCCUACCACAAUCUAAUAACACACAAAGACAUCUCUCUCUCUCUCUGUCUGUCUCUCUGUCUGUCUCUCUUACACUGCUGAAAACAAUCUUCUGUUGUUUACACACACACACACACACACACACACACACACACACACACAGACUAAAUUGUACAGUGAUGACAUUUAUUUGUAACUGAAGCUGUGAGCACUGUAACUGUGCUGAUGAACACUAAUGAAGUGAUUUGUAAUGCAGUUGCUAAGCUCCACCCUUACACACACACACACACACCCCUAAACACACACACAGGAUUGUAUUAGCAUUGUGGCUAAAGCUCUUAGUGUUGUUCAGCCUUACUGCACGACACACACAUUUCCUGAUUCUCCUCCUCAGUGCCUGAAUCAAAUGUUAGCAUGUUUAGAGCCCACACAGCACCAUGGCAUUGUGGGUAUGGAGACCUGUCAUCAAUACAGCUCUCUGUGUCUCUCUCUCUGUCUCUCUCUCUCUGUCUCUCUGUCUCUGUCUCUAUAUAUAUAUAAUCUAUCUCUUUCUCUCUUCUUGAGUGUCUGUGAGUGUUUUUAUUUGUUUGUCCAGAAGGUUAUUUAUACGCUGUUGCUUUUUUCUUUUGGUUUUGUAUAGUUACACAGUUACAAUGGGGGAAUAAAGUGUCUCUGAUAACA